CCAAGACCUAUUAAAGCUUUAGAGAAGUGAUUGGGCGACCGUGUUGUUUGCCUCCAUAAGAGGCGAUCGCGAUGAUAGCAGCGGCAAUGAAGAAAGCGAAGUGGACAUCCCACAUCCUCCCCUUCUGGAGGACCUGGGUCGUGAUCCUCGUCCCAAUUCUGGCUCUCCCUUUUCUCGUCGUCCCUGAACAGCGCGUGAUGGAGGGUCGGUGUGCCUACGUCGUCCUCAUCAUGGCGGCAUUCUGGAUGACAGAGGCCACACCCAUAUUCAUCACGUCCCUCAUCCCAGUCUUUCUCUUCCCCAUUCUCGGAGUCCUUGGUACCUCUGAAGUCUCGACGGCGUAUUUCAAGGAGACCAGUAUGAUGCUCCUCGGAAGUAUCAUGGUCGCCAUCGCCGUGGAGCACUGCAACCUCCACACGAGAAUCGCCUUGAGGGUCCUCCUCUGGAUCGGAACCUCCCAGAAAUGGUUGAUGCUGGGUUUCAUGCUGACCACCAUGUUCCUGUCCAUGUGGAUCCCCAACAUGGCAGCCACGGCCAUGAUGGUCCCGAUUGCGGAGGCAGUCCUCUACGAAAUCUAUCGGAAAGAUGGUGGCAUAGAGGUGGCGAAUGGUCCAUCGCAAAUAGGCCGACACAGCGUCCACCUGAAGGACAUGGGACAGUUUCAAGAACGAGAAAUGUCCGUCGCGUCCACCAUGGCUAUUCUUCAGAUCGAAGAC